UUACUCCCGCGAACAAAAUUUCAGUUUCGUUCGUUGCCGCUCUAUUCGUCGUCUUUCAUGGGGGAUAUGCAAAGAGGAGAUGAAGAUUGAAAGAUAGAACAAGAAAAAACCCUAAUUUUUGAAAUUUGAUCUUUCACGGUUAGUUUGCUUCUUGAUAUUUUGCAAAUUUGAUCCCAGAUCUAUACGUGUAUAUAUGUAAUACAGAUACGUGGAUGCAUGAAAAGUCUUUUGGGGGAUUAAUACUGCGAGUCAGUGUCUUGCGGUAUAUUUUCAGAUUCGUCUAUUUAGCUUGGAAGAGGUUGGUUAGAAUCGGAUUUUGAGGGAUUUAUGUGAAAUUGAAUAACGGAAUUCGAAAAAAUCGACGCAUUUGAGUUGAUCAGAAGUUGAUUAUCCGUAACCUUUUUCCUCCUAGAGGAGUGUGUUGGAUUGUUGUAUAAUUGGUAUUAGAGAUUGAAUAUCGUAAUUCAGUUGUUUGAGAGAGUAUCAGUGAGGGUUUUAAUUCCUAAUUCAGAAAUUAGGGUUUUUGUUGUGUUAAUUGGUUUGCAUAGUUAUUUAUUUCCACUUAGAAUGCUGUUAUGCAUUGUGAAUUUCUUGAUAAGUGUUAGUUAUUGAACUUGUAGAGGGUUACGUUUUGAUGGGAGAAGGGGAGGUCUGUGUGGCGGUGGUGAGUAAUGUUGGGGAAAUGGAAAAUGAGAAAAUUCAGCAAAAGCGUGACCAUCAGUGGCUAACUGCUGGCUCUGAUGUGGAACCCUUGGCCAAGAAACAGGCGAAAGAGGGUUCAGUUGAUGAAGGAGAUUCCUGUGCUAGGGAUCUGUCAGAGGUGGCCCAGGUUUCUAUUGAACACGAUCCUUGUGUCAAAAGACUUCCCAUAGAGGGUUCAAAUGAUAUUAAACCAGAGCCUUGUGUGGAGCAGAAUAUGAACGAAUGUUCAGAUGGGUUAGAACUAGAGCCUUGUGGUAGAAUGCAAACACCAGAAGCUCUAAAAGAUAUUAAACCAAACACUUUUGUCAAGGACCCUGUGCAACAAUGUUUGAAUGCAACAAAACAACCGAAUUGUGAAAGGACGCAGGCAAUAGAGAGUUUAAAUUAUAUCGGUGUAAAUCCUUGCGAUGAGCAGCCUGUUAAAGAAGAUCCAUGUGCCAUGGAAGUAGAUCCUUGUGGGGAAAGGCUCCCAUCAAAGGUUCUAAAUGACAUAGAAAUAGAGCCAAUUGUUGUGCAGCCUGUCAAGGAGUGUUUGAAUGAGAUGGAACUAGAGUCUCAUGGUAGGAUGCAGGGAACAGGGGCUGGAAGUGAUAUUGACCUAGAUCCUUGUGGUAGGAUGCAGACAACAGGGGCUAGAAGUGACAUUGAACCAGAGCCUUCUCUUCUUCAGCCUGUCAAAGAAUGUCCGAGUGAGACAGAGCUGGAGGCUUGUGGCAAUAUGCAACCAGCAGAGGCUUUGAAUGAGAGUGAACAAGAGCUUUCUGUUCAGCAACCUGUCAAAGAAUCUAUGCAUGAGAUGGAAUUAGAGGUUUGUGGAAGGAAGCAGACAACACAAGUUUUAGAUAGUACUGGAAUAGAACUUUCUGUUGUGAAGCAGACAACACAAGCUUUAGAUAGUACUGGAAUAGAACUUUCUGUUGUGAAGCUGACAACAGAGGCCUUAAAUGAUAUUGAUCUAGAGCUAUCAGUUGAGAAGGUGUGUCACAAUGAGAUAGUGACAGAUCCUUGCACCAAGAAGGAGGUGAAGGAGGCUUCGAAUGAUGAUAUAUGUUCUGAGGUUUCAAACCCCAAUGUGUCACCUCGCGAUAAUUCUUCGAGCUUUCAGACUGUUAAUAGCCAAUCAGAUGGGAAGGUAGUCAUGAAAGACCAAGUUGUUUGUGGUGAAAUUACAUCGGCUUGUUCUGGAGAUUCUAGCAGUGAGGGGAGCUCGAGUCAAGAGGAGCAUGGUACCAAUGAUACAUCUGGUACUGUGUCAACGUCACAUGUUAUACUUGAGGUUCCAAAGCAUGCCAGUACUUCUUCUGGUAUUAGGAAAAUUACAUUCAAAUUCAGCAAACGGAAGGAAGACUAUGGUAGUCAAUUGUCUGCUUCUGCUGCGAAGUGCAUGAGCGAAGCUUUUGAUAAUCCGACUCGUAAGGGACCCAGGUUAACUCAUAUCAGUGAGCAAGGGUUGCAUGAACCUGGUGAAGUGAUGCCUGGGAAGGUUAUACCUGACAGUUAUCCGACAACUGUUAAAAGGCUCUUAUCAACCGGGAUACUUGAGGGAGCAAAAGUGAAAUAUAUUUCUGCAUCGGGGGAGCUUAUUGGAAUUGUCAAGGAUUGUGGCUAUCUAUGUGGUUGUGCAACAUGCAAUUUUUCUAAUAUUCUCCGUGCUCACGAGUUUGAGGAACAUGCUGGUGGAAAAACAAGGCACCCUAAUAAUCACAUAUAUUUGGAGAAUGGAAAACCUAUAUACAGUAUAAUUCAGGCCAUGAAGACUGCUCCUCUCAGCACAGUAGAUGAAGCCAUAAGAAAUGUAGCUGGUUCAUCUGUCAACGAGGAACUCCUCCAGGUUUGGAAAGGGAAUCUCCAAAGAAACAUGGACAUGGCUAAGCCAGACAACAGCUAUCAUAUGAAGCUUAUGAACUUGUAUCAUUCAACAACCAGCUGCACCAGCCACACAAGCGAAGAUGGUUCUAGCCCCCACUAUUGUUACCGUAAGAGUUUUGCUAUGGAACCUCAAACAUUUGUUAAUGAGACCACAAAAGAGCGGAAAUGCCUGUUUAAGAAGCCAAGAUCAUACACACCUAGCGCAACUGUUGAAACUAAGCGAAGUGCUGAAGGUGGCCAUAAGAAAAGGGAUAAUGAUUUACACCGUUUACUUUUUAUGCCAAACGGACUUCCAGAUGGGACUGAAUUGGCUUAUUAUGCCAGAGGGAAGAAAAUACUUGACGGCUACAAGCAAGGGAACGGUAUAGUCUGUAGCCAUUGUGACAAUGAGAUCAGUCCUUCACAAUUUGAAGCUCAUGCUGGAUGGGCUGCCAAACGUCAACCCUAUCGUCAUAUCUAUAUUUCUAAUGGAGUGACACUCCAUGAUAUUGCUCUGUUGCUUGCAAAUGGUCAAAGUAUUGCGACCAGCAAUAGUGAUGAUAUGUGUGCAGUAUGUGGAGAUAGAGGAGAAUUGAUUAUUUGUGAUGGAUGCCCGCAUGCUUUCCAUUCAGUUUGUUUGGGACAAGAGGGUGUUCCUUCUGAAGAUUGGCACUGUCCGUAUUGUAGAGACAGUAUUGGUUCCGGUAGGAAAACUGCUUCAGAGUCCCGGCCCAUUCUUAUCCGACUGACCCGGGUUGUGAAAGCCCGAGAAUACGAAACUGGUGGUUGUGUUAUUUGCAGGGCCCAUGAUUUCAGUACUGCUGAAUUUGAUGAUCGGACAGUAAUGCUAUGCGAUCAAUGUGAGAAGGAGUACCAUGUUGGUUGUUUAAGAGAGAGUGGGAUAUGCGAUUUGAAGGCACUCCCAUCAGAUAAAUGGUUUUGUUGCGAUCACUGUGAUAUGAUCCAUGGUGCUAUCCAAGAAGUGGUUGCCAAUGGAGCAGCUGGAAUUUCGGGUUUAGCUUUGAGUACGAUAAACAAGAAACAUAUAGAGAAAGGAGUAUUUGAUGGAUCUCUGGAUGAAAUUCGAUGGCGGAUGCUGAGUGGGAAAAGCCGCUAUCCUGAACAUUUGCCACUUCUGUCAAGGGCUGCUGCCAUUUUCCGGCAAAACAUGGUCAACUUUUGCAUCGCUUAUGUUUUAUGCCUGCCCGACAAGGUUGUUAGCAUUUUGCGAUUGGAAGAGCUGCUUCUAUAAAUAACAUAGAAGCCAUUGCAUGACAAAAAGCAAAGCUCUAAAGCACAAUAUGAGAAGUCAGGCUUGAUAAAAAGAUAAUGGGAUAAAUAGUGUCUUGGUCCAAGAUAAAGGAGGGUGCCAUGCAUUAAGCUUUGUGAGCCAGCAUUCUAUCUAGCUGUUCUCGUGUAAAUAGCCCUUUCCGACUAGUUAGGUUAAAGUGCUUGUUUUUUUUGGCCAAUUAUAUCAUGCUCUCUAUGAAUGCUAAUGUUGCUUACCGACACUUGUGGUUUUUUGUUUUCUUUACAUUCUGUUAUAAUGUAAACAAAGCUGUGAUUUCUGUUUGACAAUGAAAACUAAAAUUUAUGUUUUAUUGGGUUUGAAAGUUUAACCUCAUUAGAGUAAAAAGGUUAAUGCGUGUACUUUUGGUAAACCAAAGUUUCAAAUCUUAAAGAGUUCCUUGUAUAAGAAACUAACUGAAUGAAAAUGGCCUGGCUUCAGAGUUGAUAUUGAUUUGAAUGAGUUGAUGCUUUUCCAUGCCGUGCUAUUGCUGCAUAUAUUGCUUCCACUUUUGUUAUUAAAUUAUUUUUCAUUGCCAUGUUUUGGCUCCCAAGUCAUCAUCUUUUUUACUGAAAUUAUGCGGUAUC